AUGAUGGAGGAUCACAAGCCCCUCAUAUCACCAGCUCUUCUUCUACAGGAUGGUUCAGAAGAACAUCACAAUGUCCCACAGGAUGAUCAGCUUGUGAAUCCGGGUGAAGGUCUGAACAUUAUAUAUGUUGCAGAGACAUAUGUGAAGGGUGAUGAGCAGAGUACAGAGGACAUUCCUGCAGAUAACCGCCCAGAUGACUGUACCAGGAAUUUAGAGAAACAUCUGGUAUCUUCAGAUUUUGAAGUAGAUGAUCCUGGUAUCAUACAAGAUAUAUAUGAAGAGCAUGCCAAUAUCCAAGAUAUAUCUUCAUCCAAUCACAGCAAAAAUGUAUUAUUUGAUCCUUUUAAACAGGUCCGAUCUUCUGAUUCAUCACAGACUGUAACACAGAAUAAAAGUCACAGAAAAGGUGGUAAACAUCCAACAGCUCAUGUAAGAGAGAAGACAUUUUCAUGUUUAGAAUGUGGAAGAUUUUUUAGAUAUAAAUCAGAAUUAGUGAGACAUCAGAGAAUUCAUACAGGGGAGAAGCCUUUUUUAUGUUCAGAAUGUGGGAAAUGUUUUAGCCAGAAAUCAGAACUUGCCAUACAUCAAAGAUUUCACACAGGGGAGAAGCCAUAUUCAUGUUCAGAAUGUGGGAAAUGUUUUCAGACAAAAUCAGCUCUUGUUAUACAUCAGAGAAUUCACACAGGGGAGAAGCCAUAUUCAUGUUCAGAAUGUGCAAAAUGUUUUCACUGUAAUUCAUCUCUUCUUAAACAUCAGAGAAUUCACACAGGGGAGAGGCCAUUUUCAUGUUUAGAAUGUGGAAAAAGUUUUCACAAGAAAAUAGCUCUUGUUGUACAUCAGAGAAUUCACACAGGAGAGAAGCCAUAUCCAUGUUCAGAAUGCAGUGAAUGUUUUAAGCAUAAAUCAGCUCUUAUUAUACAUCAGAGAGUUCACACAGGGGAAAAGCCAUUUUCAUGUUCAGAAUGUGGGAAAUGUUUUAACAAUAAUUCAGCUCUUGUUGUACAUCAGAGAACUCACACAGGAGAGAAGCCAUUUUCAUGUUCAGAAUGUGGAAAAUGUUUCAAGCAGAAAUCAGCUCUUGUUACACAUGAAAAAACGCACAGAGAAGAGAGGCCAUUUUCAUGUACAGAAUGUGGGAAAUGUUUUAAGCAGAAAUCAACUCUCGUUUCACAUCAGAAAACUCACAGAGAGAAGCCAUCUCAAUGCUUAGCCCUUUAGUGACCGCCCUUCUGUGUUUUUAUGGUAGUCAGUGCCACUAACUGGCUUUAUUCCGUCAGAUACUUCUUUUUACAGGGAGAUAAAACAGAACCUUGCUUUGAGUUACCAGAGGUGUCUGAGGGCUUGGAGUGAUGAUUGGGACCACUGUGAGAGCUCCCCAAACACGUAUUGUCUCCUGUAUUGAAUGAAUGCUGGUCAUCAAAGGACAGAUCCAGUUAAAAGUGAAAGUUUAUACUGUAAAUAUAUAUAUAUAUAUAUAUAUAUAUAUAUAUCCCCUCUAAACAAAAAUUCUUGGUGAGAGGAAAUUAAAAAACCCUAUAGGGCCUGAUAUAAAAAGAUAACGAUCUACCCAGCCCCGGUCUGUUCUAACUUUUAUAAGUAUUUGUAAAAUUAAAAAUGUCAAAUAUGAUCUUGUGAAGAAACAGUCAGUUCUUACUGGGUUUCAUCAGUGAUGUGCACUUCUCCCAACAAGUGACCCAGGCGAGGAUUUCCUCAUUACAUAGAUGCCAUUACUCGUCCUCCUAAAGGAAUAUCAUCUUUAUCUGCACACCCUGACCAAAAUGUACCUGUAGAUAAAUCCAACAAGUGGGGUCGCCGCCACCACUCUAUUUGUAGAAGUCAUAUGGUUCACUCAUCUCACAUGAAUUUACCAGUGGGGGAAUCCUAGGUUAUUAUUUUUUGUAUGUCCCACCAGUUCUGGAUUGUUUAAGUUUUAUAAUUGAAGACUUGUUAUAAAAUAUUUAUAUUGGAUAUAUUGCAUUUUUUUAUCAUUUUGUUUCCUAUGACUGUUUUAAUUCCUAUUAUUGUAUGGUGAUACGGAGAUGAUAUGUUUUAUUUGGAGAAUCUCUAAUAUUCAGGCUGUUCCAUGGUCGCAGUUACAGUUUUGUCUGGGUUUUUAAUCAGAUGUUUUACAUCUGACAAUACUUCAAGAAGUAAUGACAAUACCUCGAAUGGGGUACUGAUCCCUUAGUGUUUCUAUGGAUGGUUUUGGACGCUGCCCCUUAAUAUAUUCUGUCGGUGAUUGCUUGUUUUGUGCA